AUGGCCAAAUUUUGCGCUUUUGGCCUAUUUGUAUUACUAAUUGAAGCUUUUCACAAUGUAAAAGCCAACGAAUGUCAUCAUGCGUUCGCCGAGAACGCGAAUAAAGAGUUGUGCUCGAGUCCGAAUGACUGCUCCAACCCCACGGCUGAUUGCAUUUUCAGCAUCAAGGCUGGGAAACGGGUUUGCUGCGCUGAAAAGAAAGGGGCCGUAUUGCCGGGUGAGUCAUGAAAAAAAAAAAUUUUUUGAAAAAUUAAUGAAAAUGCUCUUUUUAGAACGACUUUCUCAUUUUUUACUCAAUUUUUUUGAGUUUUUAAAAAUAAUGUUUUCGUGUCGAGACCCAAAAUUUGAAAUUUUUUUGGUGAUGAAUCUUGCUUAAACUUGGCAAAAAUUAAAAAUGACUUUUUCUAAGACACAUACCACAUUUCUAGCUCGCGAUGUAUAAGGAUGACCGAGAUUUUUUGUCCGAAAAUUGGAAAUUUUUUUUUUUUUUUUUUUUUUUUUUUGAAAAUUUAGCUAUGAAAAGUUCCAUGCCUAUUUAUACUAAAGAGUGUAAUACUUCCACAAAAAAUCAUUGUUUUCCAAGCGAAACUGACAAAGAUACGGCCAAAAAUUGGUCUUCUCUCUGACCGCUCUCCGCAUGUCACGUGCGCUCUCGUCCGCUAAGUUCGUUGAAUAUCUCGGCUCUCUCUGCAAAUUGCGAGCUAAAAUUUUCAGGAAUUGACACGUCUUCUAUACUCAAUGUGUGUGCAAAAUUUAAAGAAAAUCUGUCGGAAUUGCGACCCUUUUCAGAUCCUUCCCCAAUGUUUGUUUCCAUUCCAUUACAUUCCAUUUUUUCACCGUUGCAAAGCGAUCUUUGUCAUUGGAAAGUUCAAUUUCGUGAUCACUGUUUAUUACAAAGUCCGUGUCAGGUCAGGGUUGUAAAGGGCUACGAGUAAAAAUUGCGCGUAGUUUUGACUUUGUUAAAGAGGGUUCGAAAACUGUUGACAUGGAUCAAAAUAUACGCAAAAAGUGGGGUAUAAAUUAUACCAUAUAAUUUUGGGCGGGACGAAAAUUCUUGACAUGUUUUCGCACAGUGCGGUUGGCGUCAAAAGUGGGCUUGUGCAACAAACAAAAUUAGCACAGUGCGAAUGAAGAAUGCACUGUGCAUUUGGAAUCUCUUUCAAAACAUUCAUGUGCGGGGUGUAUCAGUCCGUCGGGAAAAUAACGGCGGAUCGUCGCGCCUCGGAAUCGCCCAUCAUCGCUUUGCGACGCUGGAGAUUUGGCGCGCGAUAGCGGUGAGGCGAGACAUUUUGAUGCGACGAUCCGCCGUUAUUUUCCCGACAGACUGAUUUUUACUUUCAAUCUGUCGGGAAACAAACGGCAGGUCGUCGCAACAUAAAAUGUUUCGCCUCGUCGAAAAAAAGAGUGCAGUCGCGCACCAAAAUUUUUUUUUAUUUUCCCGACAGACGAGUAUAUCUGAUACAGUAGGGAGCCUGAUCCAGUGGCAAAACACGUACCAUUUUGCAUCCGGGAAGUAUCAAAAAUGUGGCAAAAUGCUUCCCUCUCCAAGUGAAAAAAAAACUUUGUUUUGAAGAGCGCGCCUUUUUUCCUCACAAAAAGAGUUUUUGCACUUGGAGAGGGGCGUAUUUUGCCACAUUUUUGAUGCUUCCUGGAUGCAAAGUGGUACAUUUUUUGUCACUGGAUCAGUUCCCCCACUGUAGUCAAAAUAGAUUUUUGGUUUUUUCUGUGACGACCUACUGAUAUUGAUGAGCAGUGGACAUGUUCUUUUGACUUUGUGGGCAUUAUUCGUAGGAGUUGAGGAUCAAUUUCUCAAGCAAUUUACCAGGCCAAAAGUCCUGACAUGUCUGCAAAGUCCGCGGUCUGCGAAAAAAUCUCAAGACUUUUUUGUCUGCCUUGUGAAUUCCUUGGGCUUGAUGCCCAACCCUAAUGAAUCACGCCACAAAAUUACAAGAACAACAUCUUGAUUCUCGUGAGCGUUUUUUUUAAUUAGUUUAUUUGAAGGUUCAAGUCAGAACACAAGCCCUAAUACAACAUUCUUCGUAUCAAGUGAAAGAAAAUGUUUGUUUCAGGGAGACAAAUUUAAGUGACUACCUGUUUCUACCGUGGAGUGUAAUGUUUCCACAAAAACUCUAGUUCUUCCGCGCGAAACUGGCGAUGGUAUUUCCAAAAAAUUUGAAAGUCUACAGAAUUUCGGAAAAGCAUAAUACUAGGUGGUCCAAAAAGUACUAACAUGUUCAUUUUGCAGCUUCAAAUUACACCGUGCGGGCAUGUCAAGACUUCUUGGCCCACCUAUGUAUUAUUGCGCCUUUCAAAAGUAGUCCGUAGACUUUUUUUUGACCGUAUCUUUACCAGUUUCGCGCUGGAAAAAUUGAUUUUUUGUGGAAACAUCACACUCUACAGAAAAGCAGGUGGCCACUUCCUCUGCGAAGCAGACACUUUCCUUGUCUUGAUAAGGAGAAUGUUGUCUUAGGGCCUGUGCUCUGGCUUGAACUUUUUGUGAGAUCAAACAGAAACCAACAAAUUUUUUUGCACCCUACGAACCCUACACUAGAACAUACACUAAAAUACCGCACGUGAUUUUCUCUUUUUUUGCACGCGUCGGCAGAUAAGGCGCAUAUCUAGUCCUGCGAAAAUUGCUUGCGCUUUACAGGGAAAGCCGAGAUACUCAACCACUUUUGCGGACGAGAGAGUACGCGAAACGCGGAGAGCGGCCAGAGAGAUACACUUUACGGCCAUACCUUUGAUAGGCCCGCACAGAAAAAAAUUGAUUUUCUUUUUUGAGGAAACAUCACCCUCUACGGUAGAAAUAGGCAGCAUAUUUACCUUUCAUGCCAAAAUUCGCAGAAAAACUGUCGCAUAUUCAAUUCAAUUUAUGUAAACUAAUCACAUGCAAAAAAAAUCAUGGAGUGAAUCAUAAUGGUUUCCAUUGUUCGGUCAGGGUAAGAUCGCUCCAUCGGAGGCAAUGAGUCUUGCCAGCAUUGUCGAUCCAUUCGAUCCUGAAGCGCCCAAACGGUCGUGCAUAGGGGGAUGCCGAAUUGAUGCUGAUCCCUCCCGUUUCCAACGAUUUCUUGAACUGCCCCAAUUUUCCCUCGUUUUGGAUUGAUUUUUAAAUGUUAAAGCAUUGACGGUAGAAACUUGGGUAAAAGUUCCUUAUUUUGGCCACAACUUAUAACUUUGCGGAAACUGGUCGGGAUUACCCCAAAUUUAGCGGGUACGCUCAAUUCAUCGUUGUCAAUGCCCGGACAGUGGAUUUACUUAGUGAGGUCCCUUCUUUUUUACGUACCACCUUACCCUUCAAAAACGGCUGCAGCCUGUGAUUUUACACUUUAUACGAUGGAACAUGUCCGGAACUAAACUUAUUGCCUCCGUAUGGAACUAAAUGAGUCGUCACAGCCUUCGUAGGUACCCUUAAAACUAUAGAGCUAUUAUAGUAAUUCAGUGUCAGCUAGGUCGAAGCGUUUUUUCCUAACUUUAGUGCCCAAGCUGGGGCGCAGUUCGCGGAGUGCCUUUGUUGUGGCCAAAAUAAGGAACUUUUUCCUGAUUUUUAAAUGUUAAAGCAUUGACGGCAGAAGCAAUCCAUUACGAUGAACAGCUACGGUCCCAGGCUUAGCCCUUUGUGCCCGGAACGGCAUGGGUGGACAGAAAAAACCGACCGCUCUCCAGGAAGAAAAAGUUGGAAUCUCAACUGACGCAUGUCUUUCAAAAAAAUAAUCUAAAUUUUUUGCCGAGUUUCAUCCAAAUUUAAGGUCCGCAGUCCAAGUUUUUCACCUCUGUUAUGAAUAAAUAUUUAAGAACUCAACAGAGGAGAAGUCAGUCAAAUUCUAGGCCAAAAUUUGCUUCGGUACAAUGAUGUGUCUUUGAAACGAAAACAUAUUUUUUGUUAUCAGUCUGUCGGGAAAAUAAUGAGCUCCCUGUCGCAUCUAAAGUCGUAUCGCCGCGGAGAAACUGAAUUGUCUCGCCGCCGAACUAACAAGGGAAGUACCCCAAGUGCGACGCUCGGAUUUUCUUUAAAUUUUGCACACACGUCGGGUAUGGACUAAAUAUCAAUUCCUGAAACAUUUAGCUCGCGCUUUGCAGGCGCCGCUGAGAUAUUGAACGCUUUUUGCCGCCGAGAGAGCACGCUAAACGUGGAGAGCGGUCAGAGAGAAAAACGCUUUUUGGCCAUAACUUUGGCAGUUUCGCGCGGAAAAAUUUGAUUUUUUGUAGAAACAUUAUCCUUUACGGUAUAAAUUGGCAUGAAACUUUUCGUGCUGAAAUUCGGCAAAAAGUCCUAAAUUUUCGCCGACUUUCGAUCUAAAAAUCUCGGUUGUUUCUGAAAAGCGCGAGCUAGGAUUCUCGCAUACAUCUUAGAAAAAAAUAUUCUAAAUUUGUGCCGAGUUUCAUCAAAAUCCGAGCGUCGCACUUGGGGUACUUCCCCUGUAAGUCGAAUUACUUUUCACUUUAGCGACGAUUUUGGAUGCGACAAAGUGCUGACUAUUUUCCCGACAGACUGAUAAGGAACUCGUUGUACACCAACAUUAUAGAUAGUUUUUUUAUUCAUUGAUUCUUUGAUUGUAUACUUUCAGUGUGCCCGAAUGGCCGUCAGCUCUUCCUAGGCGGGCGCAAUCCCGCUUCCUCGAUUGUUUGCGCCUCUCCGGACGAGGAGGACCGCUGUCCGGACGGCUACACGUGCACCGAGAGCGCCACAAACUUUGACAAAGUUCAUGGCCAAUCGAACAGUGUCUGCUGCUCCGAAUGA